UCAUCAAUCGGUGGGCGCGCGUCCUGUCCUGUGCGCUGCGUUUCUAGAGACGCUUCAUACGUUCAUACCACGAGAAGAGAUUGCGCAGCAGUUCACAAAGCAAAGCAAACAUCGGCGCGGAUAGACUUACCACAACCGACACAGCAGUAUAUCACAGGUGAAUUAGUGUACUACAGUGACGUCCACCUACUGACCUUAGCUGAUGGCGGUGAACGUUCACUCAACAUCAACUGUUGAGAACCUAAGCAGACAUGAAAUCCUCUCCUGGGUCAACGACUCUCUCCAGCUCACCUACACCAAGAUAGAGCAGCUCGGUACAGGUGUGGCGUAUUGUCAGUUUAUGGAUAUGUUGUUUCCUGGCUGUAUUCUGCUGAAGAAGGUCAAGUUUCAAGCAAAACUGGAGCAUGAAUACAUCGGCAACUUCAAAGUCCUGCAGGCGGCGUUCAAACGAAUGAAGGUUGACAAGAUCAUUCCUGUAGAGAGGCUGGUCAAGGGAAGGUUUCAGGACAACUUGGAGUUUGUUCAGUGGUUUAAGAAAUUCUUCCAUGCAAACUACGAUGGGAAGGAGUACGACCCUCAGUUAGCACGUCUGGGUCAAGACGUCACGCCUCCUCCCAAUCCAGGUGAAGUCACUUUCCACAAACCCAAGAGCCCCUGCGGAACAGGGCCCCAGCGGACGUCACCGACAGGACCCAAAAGCAUGCCCGCCACCCAGCGUACCAUCAACUCCACCCCCUCAACCGGCAUGAGACGAAUCUCACCGUUGUCACGUAACGGAGGCAGUGAUGCAGAGAUCGUGGAACUCAACCAGCAGCUGAUGGACCUGAAGUUGACGGUGGAUGGUUUGGAGAAAGAACGAGAUUUCUACUUUAGCAAACUAAGAGACAUCGAGCUGAUCUGUCAGGAACAUGAGAGCGAGAGUUACCCCGUACUCACCAAAAUCAUUGAUGUCCUCUACACCACAGAGGAUGGUUUUGCGCCUCCAGAAGACGAUAAUAUUGAUGAACCACCACAUGACCAAGAUGAAUAUUGAUUUACUCACCUGACUCUGUCUUUCACUUUCUCCUUUUCACUCGUCCCCCCUCGACCACACCAUCUUCAUCUUUAUCUUCCUCUGUUCUUCAUCUUCAACCAGCAGACACUAGGGGUGUGGUGUAACAUGCUAACAGACUGAUUGUGGGUGUGUUUAGGCAUACUCGGGGCUUGAUUUUUUUUGGAGUGACACUACAGUCGUGUGCUGAAGCUGAUGUUUUAUUAGCUGUAGAUUGGGGUGAAGGGUCCAGAAUAAAUUGCACUGAACCACAGUGAUGGAGAAACAUUGUGGACAGCAGCUGUCCUGCAUCAAAAUCAUUCGAACACAUUGAAGAUGACAGGUGCUUGUAUGUAAUUUAAACUCUACAGGACAGAGGUCAUCUAGCAGCAGGACUAAAUCGCUUAAAAUUAUUGUAUAAAUACACACACACACACACACACACACACACACACUUCUGUUGUAGUGUUUAUGUAGCCAACACUCCCAAGUUUACUGACUGUCGACAUAAUUUGGGCUCAGAUCAGAUAACUUGGCUGAAAGCUUGAUGCAAAACUCUCCUGAAAAAGUUUUCCAAGUAUUUAUUUAAUACAGGUUCCUGGUCUUAUUGUAUUUUAUUAGUACAUGAUGUUCCAAAGAAAACUGUUUGAUGACUGUAAUCUUUCACCAAAAUGUGGUUAUCUGUUUUAUCUCUUACACCUCUUUGUUCUUUUGGGGUUAACAUUGUUAAUGUUAACAAACUAUUUAACAUUGUUCUGAUGUUUUUUAUAAAAAACCACCAGUAUUUUAUAAUAUUUCCACCAGUUAACAGAGUCAUUAAAUAUGCCAGUAAGCUUUGCAUGGUUAUUAUGCAAACACCACUUGAUUUGAUAAAGAAGUUUUACUUUUGAGACCUUCAGUCUCUUUAGAUCUCAGCGCUGAUGGUAUAAAUCUCCCACAAUGCAUUGCAAUGUCACAUUCAGCGUUGACUGUAUUCUGAUAUGACACACCCACUCGCCACCAUCCAAUAAAUUCAAAAUGACUAAAAAGUCCUAAUCAUUUUUCCCUUAUUGAGUAUUUUGAUGAAAGAUUACAAAAGGUUUUUGGAAAAUGCACUGGUACUGAGCAUAAUGAGACCAACAACAAGUAUGAAGUAAAAUGGGUCAAUUUUAUUAUUUUAUCAAAGUUUAUUUUAAAAGUUACCAUGUGUGCGCAUAGAUGUGUUUCUCUAUCAUUGCAAUGCAAAAUAAGUUGGUUAAACCUAAAAGAGUAAGUUACCUGGUUGCCUUAAAAGUUAAUUCAACUUACAAAUAUUAGUUGACACAAUUUUUUACACUAAUAAGAGAGUUAACUAACUCAACAUUUUAAGGCAACCAGUUAACUUACUUUUUUAAGUUGAACCAAAAAAAAAACUUUUUUACAGUGUGAUAAAUCAUUUUCAAAAGUGCUGGUGUGCUGUAUGUUUUUAUUUAUUUAUGAAAGAGAUGAAAACAACUAACAUUGAGUAAAAGAUGUUAGAAAUAUCACAAAAAAAGAGACUGUGCCUUUUCCCGCUGCUAUAUUAUAAUUAAACAUUUCAUGUUUUUAUGGUUUGGUUUUGUUGCACAGGAUGAAAUGUUACACAGGUUGGUUUUGCAGCACCUGUGUCAUUUACACUUUCAUCCCUCAUCUGUUGUCACGGCAACCACACAAUCAUGCAUCCAAAUGGAGUUUCACUACGUAAAAUAAAUAUGUGUGCGGGGAAUGAA